CUGAGGUACUGAGGAGUGUAGGUGUGACUUCUUUCAUUUCAGGGCUGUGUGCAGCAGUUGCAGAGAAAACACCUUAGAAAGUAGGUGUUAUUGUAUAAAAAGCUCUCUCUAUAGGCGAUCUUACAGAAUGGCUAACCCUGAAUCAAGCACUCUGGAAAAGCUGUUUGAAGAACUGGCCAAUAAGGACUCAAUUCUUGUGGCAAAUGGAGAACAGAUCUGUGAAGGGUUUGAAGGUAUAGAACUGAAAAAUGAAGCAGAACCUCAGUCGGAACCUGAAAUAAAAGAUAUCUCUUGCAAUGAAGUCAACUUUGCAAACAAUUUCACUGUAAAUGGAUCUGAGCAGGAGCCACCCGGCCUCCCUGGCUUGGUAAGUGAAGGGAGCACAGAAGCUAAAGAAGAGGUUCUUUGCGAUUUCUGCUUGGGUGGCAAGAACCAGGCAGUGAAGUCUUGCUUAACUUGCAUGGUCAAUUAUUGCAAGGAUCAUUUGCGCCCACACUUGGAGAUUGCCAGACUGAAGACCCAUAAGCUCAGGGACCCACAGAAGGACAUUGACAUGCAGAACUGUGAGACCCACAAGAAUCACCUUAGUUGGUUCUGCCACAAUGACUUUGCAUGUGUUUGUGAGGAGUGCCUUGCUGAUGGACACCAAGGACACAAAACUGUGACAUGCGCGGUAGCCAGGAAAGAAAAAGAGUAUGAACUUCUUCAGAUCCAAGCAGAAUAUGACUGGAAACUGAAAUCAGCUGAAAAUGCAAUUGUCAAGCUGCAAAAGAAUGCCGAGUCCAUUGUGAUUUCAGUAUCUGAAGUGAAAGCCAUGGUGGAAGGGCAGUUUGAAGAACUGUUGAAAGCAGUCAAGAAGACCCACUCUGAUGUACUGGCUUUUCUAGAAGAAAGGGAACAUGCUGCGGUUAAUCAUGCCAAUGGUAUAAAGAUACACCUUGAAAAGAAACGAAUGACCAUGGUGGAAUGUAAGAACUGGCUGGAGAAGAUGAUGGCCACCAACACCAAUGACAUCCUCUUUCUAAAGGAAUACUGCGAAUUCAAAAAGACAGCAGGAGAUGAUACAUUGCCCAGUGUGUAUAUUGGUUUAAAAGACAAGUUGUCAGGGAUUCGAAAGAUCGUCUCAAAUUCCACUGAUCAUCUUUUACAACUUUUACGAACUACCUACAAUGAUAAAUUGCAAGAGUUUGCCAAAGAUGAGGAUGCUGGUGUCAAAACCACGGUGUCUGCAAUUGUCCCAUCCAAACAUCGCCUGUCAGCUCCAGAACCCGAGAGCAGGAGUGACUUCCUUAAAUAUAUCAUUCCAUUAACAUUUGACCCAGUUACAGCUCAUCGGUACUUGAGGCUGUUGGAUGACAACCACAAAGUCACCAAUACCACACCGUGGGAGCACCCAUACCUAGAUCACCCAGAGCGAUUUCAGAACUGGCGCCAAGUUCUAACAGGGAAAAGUUUGUAUAUCGGGCGCUACUACUUUGAAGUUGAUAUCUCGGGGGCUGGUGUUUGUGUUGGCAUGACGUACAAGAGCAUUGACUGCAAAGGUUCUGAAAGCAACGGCUGUAUCUCGGGGAAUAACUUCUCCUGGUGUCUUAAGUGGAAUGGCAAGGAGUUCUCAGCUUUUCACAGUGAUGUGGAGACACCACUGAAAACCCAGGGAUUUGGCAGGAUAGGAGUCUAUUUAGAUUACCCCAGGGGCACCCUUUCCUUUUACGGUAUCACUUUGGAUACCAUGACUCUCCUGCAUAAAUUUGAAUGCAAGUUUGCUGAACCACUGUACCCUGCCUUCUGGUUACCAAAGAAGGAAAACUGUGUGCAAAUUGUCAGAUUACAAGAAGAAGCUCAGCAGAACUCAAUACCUCCUGCUCCCUUAGGAGAAGCAGUGACAAAUACAAAGUCUGUUGAUUCAUAAUGGAGUCAGUUAUUGAAUGAUAGGUCAUGGGAAAUGCU